ACCCUCGCCCUAAAAUGGAGCUAGCUGCGUCAUUAGCCUCAGUGUGACAGGCAGGAGGAGGUGGAGGGUUCAGCUAAAACUCUAUACACUAGGGAAAUCUUUCAGUUUCCUUCCUGGAUUACAGCUGUGAACAGACCACAGACCUCUCUCUCUCUUUCUUUCUCUCUCUCUCCAUUCUUCCACUCCAUUUGUCUGUUCACAGAUCCUCCACCCCUCACUUUCCAUUCUUCCACUCCUCAGUCUGCUGGCUACUCCGCUCGGUGAUUGUGCUCCACUCUUCUCUGUUGUACCACUCCUUGUCCUGUGUUGUUGGGACAAUGUGCUCCAUGGGUUUUGCGCGGUCAUUGGGCUUCGCCCUCCUACCUCUGGCUGUGUGCUGUAUAGUGGCCAAUGUUCUGAUGUUCUUCCCUGGAGGACAGUUUCCACCAGAGAGACUGUCCAAGCUGGUCUGGUACAUGAUGGGAAUUGGAGGGGGAGGCGUGUUGAUGUUCCUACCUGCUGGAGUGUUCAUCAGCCUAGGGAAAUGUACAGGGUGCUGUUGGAAUGAAAGCUUCAUGAUGUGUGGGUCAGUCAUGGCAGCUCUAGUGGGACUGGCUGGCUCAGGAUACUGUUUCAUCAUCUCAGCCAUGGCCAUGUUGGAGGGACCUCAGUGCUUCACUUCUAUGGGAUGGACCUAUCCCUUUGCCAAUGAUGGAGGAAGAUACCUGUUGGACAAGCAGUUGUGGUUGCAAUGCCUGCAGCCUGUCAACAUCGUAGAGUGGAAUGUGACUCUGCUCUCCAUCCAGCUUGGUCUCAGUGGGCUGGAGUUCAUCAUCUGUGUCAUGCAGGUCAUCAACGGGCUGGUGACAGCUGUCUGCAGACCCUGCUGCUACAAGCAGGACUACACCCUCAACGCCUGAAAACACACAUACUGUAGAUGACACACAUACACAACAUUACACAAACACAUACAAACAGGCACAAACGCAUAGAUCAGAGAUAGACAAAUACAGAUGGAAACGGAGACACAAAGAUACAAAAUGUGACAAAUACUGAGUUAAAUGAUACAUACACACGCCUGAUAUACUGUAAGAUCUAUGCGCUUACAUAUGAUAUGACACAUACACUCAAGUAAGAUACACGCCAGGCGUGUGCUUACCACCAGCUGGGGAUCAUUGCUUUCUAAAUAUACGUUUUAAUCUCCAGUCAACAUAAGAUCUACUCGGAUACAUCUCAAUAGUGUCAAGUGGCUUCCUCUCUUUGCAUUGUACAUAGUCUCCGGGACAGUUUCUAAUCAGAAAGCGUGAUAAGCAAGUGAAAGUUGCCAUAUGUGGAAGAGACCCAUGUCAAAAUGUUCAGUUCGUUACCUUUCACACUGAAUGAAAGCCUGUAUUAUAUACACCAGAACAGCUGAUUAUUCUGUGUUCAAUGUCUUAAGCCUUCAUUUUACUAAAGCAUAAAGUUAUUUUUUUGUAUGAGAA